UAGGAAUAGUGGUAGUCCACGUUUUAAAACUGAUCCACGUUUUGAAACUGAAGAAUCUUUGUUUUAUGUUUUCUUACAUAAAGCUCACUCAAAUUCCAAUUUUACCUUGACUUCAGUCACCUAAAGUCUCUCAUAAACAUCUGCCUUCUACGAUAGUAAACGUUCUUUUGUGAGUUAACGCUAUGUGGCACUGAACAAAUGUAAAACCAAACAAAAAUACCGAUGAUGAUUUAAAACGUGGACAGCAUAGACUAUCUUCUUGUUAUAUAUCAGGAGUGUAAAACUUAAAACUAUGCUAGUAGCCUAGUAGUUACUGAACCAGAUGUGUGAUCUGCACGCAUAGGCAAAGAGUUCUUGUUUAAAACGAGGGGUGGUUCCUACGAGCGUCUUAUUUCAGGACGAUGGGAUGCGUCCAACCGGGCGGAGUUUACGCGACGGUCUUGGAAAAUGUACAAUACGAGUAAUCUGUGUGUAGCACUCAGCAAUCAUCCAAAUUUUAGCUGUAGUCAGAGUGUGUGCUGUGUCCCCCAUUGCAAAAUAGAAUAGAAAUGACCAAAAUUCAUAGAAUUGUAGGGCAUUUGAAAUAAGCAGGGGUUCGUUGAAGAGCUUCAAACAGCCUGAGAUUUUCUUUUUCCAUGCGGUGCGUAGUCAACGCUCCAUAACCGCGUACAAGAGUCAUGUUGGUUGGGUUUGCCAAUAUUUUUAUCAGUGACGGCUCUGAGAUGAAUGAAUACUAAUCUUGAAGUCGCCGUGCCAGCUCAAGAUCACCCGUAGCCUAUUUACACAGUUAAUGGGUCUAGUAGCCUACGUGGAUGAGACAUGGCUAUGCUGGCACGGACUGGUCUUUUUUUGGUCCAUUUAUUAAGCUUUAGCUGCGCGUCCUGGGACUGGGUAAAGCCAAACCAGGUGGAGAGCGAAUCCAUUCAGUUCCAGGGUUCUGCCGCAUAUAAAGCGAAGCAACCUCCACAUAUUAUUUUCAUUCUAACGGAUGACCAGGGAUUUCAUGACAUAGGCUACCAUGAUUCGGACAUCCACACGCCGACACUGGACAAGCUUGCCAAGGAGGGAGUUAAACUGGAGAACUAUUACGUUCAACCUCUAUGUACACCGUCACGCAGUCAGCUGAUCACUGGCAGGUACCAGAUCCACACAGGCCUCCAGCACUCCAUCAUCCGCCCCCGCCAGCCCAACUGCCUGCCCUCGCACAUGGCCACCCUUCCUCAGCGCCUGCAGGAGGCUGGCUAUGCCACCCACAUGGUUGGCAAGUGGCACCUGGGCUUCUAUAAGAAAGACUGUCUGCCCACUCGCCGCGGCUUCCACAGCUACUUCGGCUCGCUGACCGGCAGCGUGGACUACUACACGUACAGCUCUUGCGACGGGAAGGCCCUGUGUGGCUACGACCUCCACGAGGGCGAGUCGGUGGCCUGGGGACAGAAAGGGAAGUACUCCACCCAUCUCUACACACAGAGGGUGCGGAAGAUCCUCGCCACUCACGACCCGUCCAGCCAGCCGCUCUUCCUCUUCGUCUCCCUCCAGGCGGUCCACACGCCCCUGAAGCCUCCUAAAGAGUACAUCUAUCCGUACCGCGGCAUGGGCAAUGUGGCGCGCAGGAAGUACGCCGCGGUGGUGUCCAUCGUAGACGAAGCGGUGCACAACAUCACCUAUGCCCUGAGGAAAUACGGCUAUUACAAAAACAGCGUGCUCAUCUUCUCCACUGACAACGGUGCCCAGCCCUUCACUGGAGGCAGCAACUGGCCCCUGCGUGGCAGGAAAGGUACCUACUGGGAGGGGGGCAUAAGAGGGGUGGGAUUUGUGCACAGCCCUCUGCUGCGACACCGGCGGAGGGUAAGCAAGGCGCUCCUGCAUAUCACAGACUGGUUCCCCACGCUGGUCGGACUUGCCAGGGGGAAUAUAUCUCAGGACCAGGGGCUGGACGGAUACGAUGUCUGGCCUGUGAUCAGCGAGGGAAAAGAGUCUCCGCGGCGGGAGAUCCUGCACAAUAUCGACCCGCUGAACCGCAAGGGCCAGGGAUCCUGGAAGGAAGGCCACCAUGUCUGGGACACGGCUGUGCAGGCAGCCAUCCGAGUGGGAGACUGGAAGCUGCUGACUGGGGACCCCGGCCAUGGUGACUGGGUCCCGCCUCAGGUGCUGACCCACUUCCCAGGUGGCUGGUGGAAUCUAGAGCGAGGCAUCGGACACCAGGCCAAGUCAGUCUGGCUCUACAACAUAACGGGCGACCCGUGCGAACGCCACGACCUGGCCAUGCAGCGGCCUGAUGUGGUGAAGAAGCUCAUGGCACGGUUGGCAUAUCAUAACCACACCUCUGUACCUGUGCAGUACCCACCAGACGACCCACGGGCAAACCCCGACCAGAAUGGUGGGGCCUGGGGUCCUUGGAUUAGGAAUGAUGAAGAUGAGAAAGCCAUCAUCGGGGUCUACUAUAAGAGGGGCAAAAACCGCAAGAAGAAUAAGUGUAGGAUCUGCAGACUUAAACCCUUCUUCAAGAGGCUGAACAAACGGGUCCUGUCCAACAGAAUGUAGCACUGAUGUUGUUGCUCUUUCAAAGCCAGAAACUUUCAGUGC